AUUUUUUUUUUUUUUAUAAAGGAUUUUUCUUCCGAAGAACGGAACCUAAGGAUGUGUUUUUGCGCCAAAUACAAGCAGGCCUCAAAAUAUAAGCAACGCUUCCUAAAACAAUAUCAAACGCGUUGAACGCUAAAUAAUCUUUUUCAUUAAAUGCAUACGGUUGAUAUUCUGUGUCUGUUUGUGUGUGUAUCUAUAUAUGCAUAUCGAAAUUAUCUGUAUGCAUAUCGAAAUGUAGUAAAACGACCUACACACUCUUAGGCCCAUUUCGCUUGUGUAAUAAAAUUUAUAUAUAAUGCACCACAAUUGAAUUACACAAGCGAAUAUAUAUAUAUGAACUAAUGAAGUCAGUGCAGUAGUGAUGUGUUGCAACAUUAAAAACAAAACCGUAUAGCUGUAGCCGAAUUAUAGUACAAAAAAACAAAACACGUCAUUAUGCUCGCCUGGCAAUUUUGCACACGAACUAGCUAAAUUUAAGCUGCGUAUAAAUUACUGAUUUAUUUGUUUUCGUAUAGUCUGCUGCGGCAGUUUUAUUAGCCGUCGUCGAAAACAAUCGGUUUGAUGUGUUAACGUUAUGAAAUAUAAUUAUUAGCAUUCGUAUUUCCUAGACAAUAAGCAGUAUAGCUUCAUUUAAAAUAUUUCAGGCAGUUGCUGUUGGUUACAUGCAGCGAGAUUUCAGAAUUUAGGUAUUGCUGUUUGGGAUAUCUGUAUUUUAUAUAUAUAUAUAAUACUAUGCAAUUCUUACUGCAUUACAGUAGUAUUUAUUGUAGCGCCCACUCCUGUGCAGAUGCUGCAUUUGCGGGCAGCUUGCUGUGCAAGAGUGCGUUUUGUAGACACUUUUUAUUAAAUUAUAAACCACACAACUGCACAACUUACCUAAAAAUCUGUGUUCACCUCUUGUGUUUUUUUUUUUUUUAAUGCUCUCAUUAGUAUCUAUUAAAUUCAGCAUCUGUCAGUUUUGGCAGAUUCUACUGAAAACUAAAAAAAAAAAAAAAAAAAAAAAAAAAAAAAGCCACAACAUUCAUCUCAAGGGCUGCAGUGAAAUGUACUGUCUUUAAUUUGGACUUUAGCAAAGACUGCAUGAAUACAUUAAUUAUUCUAGAUGGUAAUUUGUAGCCAGUCAGCAUUUUUGUAAGUAGAACACUUGUACAAUAAAAUAAACAUUUUACUUCAUCGCUGUCAAUUUCAGGCAGAGCUUCAUGGUCGACAGGGUGACGCAGCUGAGAAUUUUUUUCCUCUGUCAUCCUGUGUGGUGCUGUCAGUAUCGCUUUCUCAGCCCACAGUUCGUUUAGUUGGCUCAUACAGAUCAAUCACAGUACAGGUGAUUGAUCGAUCUGUAUGAACGUUAACAAAGUUGCUUUGUUAAAUAUGAUUUGCAUUUUUUUAACAAAUCUAAGCCUAUUUUUAAGGACCCACAACUGUUGUUGAUCCAAACUUAAGUACUUCACAUCAGGGCUAAUAAGUUUCAGAAGGUACUAGUCCUUUGAACUAGUAGCACAGUAUUGUUAGUUUCUAACCCUGUCUCAAUGUAUUACCAUAUAAUCUAGACAUUUGACUUUUAUUUUGACAGGUUUACAAAUUGGCAUGAUCUUUGGGCAGAUUUAAGUAUUUAAACAUUAAUAUGAAAUUUUUCACCCCCAGCAGUAGAGCCAGAUGCGCUUCCACUCUAGAAUUGUCUGUUGUUUGGUACUGUGCUAUUUUGCCCUGUUUACAGCAGCAGGUUCUGUCUGAAGCAUGCUGCAGCCGUUUAACUUUUUGCCAUGCUAUUAAAGAAAGGUUCCCCAUAACAUGGACCUUCAUUGAAGUGGUUUAAUCUAAUGUUAUUAUUAUUGCAAUUUUAAAUGUAUGUUUGCUUUAAAUAAUGGGUGUCCAUUGAAUUCUGAAGUAUGUACGAAUACAACUACAUUUGCAACUUUGUUCUUAAUUGUCACAAAAACUAAUAUAUGCUUGUCAAAGUGUUUGCCAAGUGCUGCACAAGGCAUCUUGUGAACAAUUUCAAAACGAAAGGGUACUUUUUUUUUCCCUCAAUGUACAAACGUACUCCUCAUACGUUACUAGAUAGAUUGAAAUUGUUAGUAUUGGAUACACUUAUCGUUGUAGUGGGAGUUAAUCAUGGUAAGGCUCCAUUCAUAGUACUGAACUAUGCACAAAUGGAAGUCAGUAACAGCAAUCAAUCAGGUUUCAAAGAUCAAAGUGUUAAUUUAUUCUAUAUAUAUAUAGAUAUAGAUAGAUAUAGAUAGAUAGAUAGAUACAGCGGCAUAUGUAUCUAGAACAAAAAUACAAAUUAGCAUCCUUGGACCAACAAGCAAGUUUUCCAUGACUUAAUUUUUUCAUUUUUUUUUUUGACAGUGGAAGGAUUGUUUUGUUCAGCGACGCUGUUUUUUUUUGACUUUUUUGAUCAGCGACACAACCCUGACGUUGGUUGCCCCGCUGAUUUCUGGGAAGAAGACGCUGUGAACCGCAGUCCUGCAGAGACAGACACCUGAUCUCUCAUAUCUAACGCAGCUGGGACUGAAGCCACACCACCUUCCCACUGCAGUGAGGACCCCACAGCAACAGAUAACAUGGAUCUGUCCCCAAACAGCCUGAUGGCAGGCAAUGUAACCAACAAGAACGACCCUCGCUCCCUGAACUCCCGCGUGUUCAUCGGAAACCUCAACACCCUGCUGGUGACCAAGGCGGACGUGGAGGCCAUCUUCAGCAAGUACGGCAAGGUCGUGGGCUGCUCCGUGCACAAGGGCUUCGCCUUCGUGCAGUUCCUGAACGAGAGGACCGCGCGUGCCGCCGUGGCUGGGGAGGACGGCCGCAUGAUCGUGGGGCAGGUGCUGGAUAUUAACUUGGCAUGUGAACCCAAACCUCAUCGAUCGAAGUCUGGGAAACGUUCAGCUGGAGACAUGUAUGGUUCUUCGUUUGAUCUGGAUUAUGAUUUUCAGAGAGACUACUACGACAGGAUGUACUCGUACCCCUCUCGCGUCCCUCCCCCUCCCCCUCCUCCCCUGUCCAGGCCGGUGAUCCCAUCCAAGAGGCCACGGGUCAGCGCUAGUGGGGGCGGCCGUCGCACCAAGAGCAGCUUCUCCUCCAAGGGCAGCCAGCGCAGCUCCUCGCGCAGCAGUGAGUAUCAACACAGGAGCAGCGCUGUUGCUGAGUUGCUGGGGAAAACGAGUGGUAAAAUCACUUACCAAGACACGAAUGCGAGAAGAGCCGUUCCAGCAGUGAAAGCUGAUGACCUGCAGACCAUUAAGAAGGAGCUGACUCAGAUUAAACACAAGGUGGAUUAUCUGCUCGAGAGCCUGGAGAGGAUGGAGAAAGACCACGGCAAGAAGUCGGAUACGAAGAGCAGCAAGCCGGAUGAGCCACAGCCCCAGCACAGCAGCAGCAGCAGCAGCUCCAAGAAGGAGGAGGCAGUGAAGAUGCAGAGCGAGGUGGUGGGAGACUCGGACGACGAUGAAGGGGACCUGCUCGACGACGAGGACGAGGUGAAGAGUCGUGGCGGGCGCGAGGAAGAAGAGAACGAUGAAGAGGAAGACCGGGAGCAGGAGGAAGGGGAGGAUGAUGGGGACAGUGCUAACGGAGAUGAUGACUCUUAAACACCCUGCCUGCUGUGCUGCAGUGACUGCCCUCCUUGCACCUCCUGAAACCUGUUUAAUUGUCAACCCUCCCAGCCCACGACUGUGCGUCUCUCUGACGUGACCCUUCCCUUUUGUCUCUGUUUUUAUUUUUGAUACCUCUUAAAUAAACCAUGUGUUUUAUAUCCUA